AUGGUAGACUCCGGACCCGGCGAAGCUACGCCGUCGACGAGGAAGCCCUUUUCGGUCCUGGAGAUUCCCCCUCUGGACCAGUUCGACUUCGGCCGGGCCAAGAUCCGGGCCAACGUGCGUUGGCUGCUGUGCAAAUCGUACGGCUGUGCAGAGAAUGUGCCAGUGGAGAUGCGGGAGCCACUCUACAAGGACCAGUAUGACCAAGAGCACCUCAAGCCGGCCAUCUCCGAGCUCCUCCUCUCCCCGGAGAUCUACUGCAAAGCUCAGGCCCUGCUGCUCCAGGCCCCUGGGGGGGCCCCCGCCUCGGCCUCGCAGAACUCACCCUCUGACCACUGCGCCCUGCUUCACUUCCUCACGAAGAAAGGUGUGGCCCCGCAGGUUCAGGAUGUGGACGUCACAGAGGAUGACCUCAGAUGCACCCCCAUCAAGAUGAAAGGCCACCUGGCCUUGAUGGACUCCAUGAUGUCACUGGCCGCCCGGGAGAUUGUGGACAGGGUCAAAAUGCCAGCAGGGGCUGAACAGAUGGGCGUCGGAGCACCUUGGGAGAACGCGCUGCUCUUCUGGGUCAACAGAUUGAACCAGAAGCUGAAGGAAAGCACCGAGGAAGAAGAGACGCCCCAGGGGUCGCAGCAGAACGCUGAUGUCCAAGCCUCUCAGGAAACGGUUCCGCCAACUCGUUGGUACUGGAAGCUUGUCCCUAUUCGCUACAGGAAGGACAAAGUGCAGUCGAAGCUGACUCCCACCUUCCCCCUGGUCAGCGCGGUCAAAGAUCUGGCUAACGGCUGCGCUAUAGCUGCUGUGCUGCAUUUCUAUUGCCCAGGGUUGCUGCCUCUCGAGGAUGUAUGUCUGAAGGACACCAUGUCAGUGGCCGACAGUCUUUACAACCUGCACCUGAUUAAAGAACUUUGUGAGAGCAGUUUGCAGAGCUGCUGCCUUCUUUCCCCGGAAGAUCUUCUCUAUGCUCCACCUCUUUUGCAUCUGAACAUCAUGAGCUUUGUAGCUGAGCUGCUGGAGUGGUUUGAGGUCAAGAAACCCGAUUUUGUUCAACCGAUACAAAGCAUUGACCUGACCGAUGUCUCUAGUUUAGCGUUCUGUACCAGUCCUGUUAGUGGAAACAGCAACAGCGGGUUCAUCUUCAAACACCCUUUUGUGACCGUCCCUUCUCCGCUAUCACCUGAAAACAAAACCUGGACAAAGAAACAAAUAAGUCAUCCUCUGUCCGCAGCGACUUUCAGCAUCCCAUUUGGGCUGGACAGUGAUGUUGAUAUUGUCAUGGGCAACCCGAUAGAUUCUGUCUUUCGCUCUGUCAGCACGGACAGCCUGGGCGCCGGCAUCCCCGCAACGACCACGCUGGCGGGGAUAACUUGCAUACCGUACGGCCCCCCGGUUAGCGCUUCAGCGCCGUCGCGGGGGUCUUCCUGGGGCCCUUAUGUGCACCCGGCGCCCCUGGGAGAGCUGCCCACUGUGGAGGAAGCGUUACAGGUGCCUCCCGGCGCGAAAGAUCGGAACAAGGGAAGGACUGCGGUGAAAGAUGUUUUGACAGCAAGACCGGAAUCGAGGUUAUGUCCCGAGGGCGCCCCUGCUGUUUUUUUCCUGCACUCCCCAUUGGAGGACAAUCCUCAGCUCAGUCAUUCUGCCCCCUGCCGCUCGGGAGACAUUUAUCGGCCGGUUUGCGGAGAGGCGAGUAGAGGUGAGAGGAAGGCGAGGCAAACCAAUGGCGCGCCACGCGACCAUGACGGCAGCGUUGAUUCAUCGGAAGCGUUUGAUGACACCCCCAGAAAUGCCCCUGGUAAUAUGCGACCCGGUAAAAGUCAUCAGGGAGACCACAGCCCACGCAUGACAAGCUUUGCAGAGCAACGGGACGGCAAAAGAAGACAUCCCGUAGCUUCUGGGGAAGACUUUGCCUCUACCCCGACACCAACGACGCCCGGAACGCCGCUCACUCCCUGCACACCAGCAGGAACUCAGAGUCAGAAGGACAACCCGGGCUUUAAAGUUCCCGAGACGGGUUCCGAGGCCGGGGAGCUGGGAGCUCGUUUGGAGGAAAAACGCAAAAGCAUCGAAGCUCAAAAGAGACGAAUCGAGGCCAUCUUUGCCAAGCACAGACAGAGGCUCGGAAAAACAGCUUUCCUCAAAAUGAAACGAGAACAAGGCGAGGGUGGGGGAGAGGGAGCGGAUGAGGACAACGUCUCUCUGGAGGAGCGCCUCGCUCGCAUUGAGGAGCAGCUGAAAAAGGAGGAAGAGAAGGAAAAGACAGAAAGGGCGGUAGAGAAGGAGAAAGCCAAGCCAUCCGUCUCCAACGCUCCACGGCUGGAGAAGCAGGUCACGUUCUCUAUUGACAGCAAAAAAGGACAGGAGCAAGAAAAAGGAGCAGAGAAAGUAGGCGGCGGCAUGUUGGUGGAAUAUAACGAAAUUGUCCAGAAACUGAGUGAAGCUUUGCAGUCACUGCAGAAGGACAUGCAUAAACUAACUGAACAGCAGCAGGAGCUUCUGGGAAACCAAAGACCAAGAAGCUCCCAAAAAGGCACCGCAAAGUCAAGACCCAAAAGUAACACCAAGGCGCCUGCCAAAACCCCUCCUGCCACACCCACAAAGACACCCCCAAGAACCCCUACCAAGAGCACCAGCAAAGCCUGGAUGAUUCCAAACGGCUCCAAAACCUCUUCUGUGUCUCCGUCGUCCCGACGGACAAACCCUCUCUCUGCAGCUACUUCGCCAAAAACAAUGGUCUCCUCCUCCUGUCCUGCCCCCCGCACCAAGAUCCACAUCUCUUCCACCCCUCGCAGUCCCAAGCACCACCCGAGACCGCAAGCCCAUCCACGACCCUCAGAGCUCAAGUUCCCCCCUCUCAAUCGUGUUCUGACUCCAACUCGCACUGUGGAUACCCUCCCCCACUUGCGAAGAGUGUCGCCCAGCAAGUGUCAAGUGCAGACAACUUCGUCCUUCCGCAUCGGCGGACUUCCGGAAGUUUCUCGCCCUGCGCCGCAACCCCAGCAUAGCACGUCGGACACGGCGUCUUGCGAGACCCAGUUUAGCCUGGAGCUGGAGCAGGACGAUGUUGUGCCCAUGCUGCCUCCCCCGAGGGCCACCAGUGGCAGCAGCUCCGGUGCUCCUUCCGAAUGCUCUUUCGAGAGCGAGGCUUUAUCCAUUUCUGCCGCAUACAGCGCCGAACGAGACGGAGCGAAAGCUGCCGAGAGGCAUUGCGGUAUCAUCGAAGUGUCGCUGUCCUCCCUCGGAGAAGCGGGGGGAGGCACUGAUGAACCUACAGAUGAAGGGCGGGAUUUUUCUUCCGACUCCAUGAGUGACCUACUCGAAUCUGCGGCGGAGCCUGGCGUAAUCAAUUCCGACAGCCCGGAGCAGUUGGAUUCAGCCACAGAAGCUGGGAACUCUUCAGACCAACAAACGGAAUCCAGUCGCGCCGACGCUGCAGAACCACUUGGAGAAAAUGAGAUUGGACCCCGAGGAGGGAUCGGAUUCUACUUUAAGGAGGAUGUGGAGAACGAGGACGGGAUGUCCCAGCGGAAGGCUCUGCUUUUGGAGAGGCAGCAAAGGAGAGCUGAGGAGCUGAAGAGGAGGCGACAAGAGCAAGAACAUGAAAAAAGAGUGGAAUCCUCCAACCAAACUGCUUCCUCUCCCUCCAACACACCCCGUGUGGGAAAAACCUCGCCCUGUCCCACUUCUCCAGCCCGGCGUGGAGAUUUCACGCGAGCCGAAUACGCCCGCCGACAGCAGCUCCGGAUUAUGGACGACCUGGAUAAGAUGCUGCAGCGGAAGUCCACCAACCUGGGACGAUCGCCUGUCAAGAAGACGAGGCCACCACGGCCUCGCAGCGUCACCAGGGAGGAAACCCAGCUGUCCCUGAGCCCCGCCAAGAAGACCACCGUCCCCAAGUUGACCAAGUCUGACUCGUCCCUCAACCUGGCAGCAGGAGACAAUGACGGGGAUGAGGAAGUCCAAAGGAAACCCGAUUUGCCUGCCGGAUGCGCGACGCCAAGCGGACUUGCGAACCAGAACGGAGACUGGGAUGCCGGUUCCAAUGGAACCUCACCAGCCCUGGAACACACAGGUCUGAAGCUCUUCAAAGAGCCAAGCUUCAAGUCCAAUAAAUUCAUCAUCCACAACGCUCUGUCUCGUUGCUGCUUGGCCGGGAAGGUCAACGAGUCCCAGAAGAACAAGAUUGUCGAGGAGAUGGAGAAGAGCCCCGCCAACCACUUCCUUAUCCUCUUCCGGGACGCCAGCUGCCAGUUCCGCGGCGUCUACACGGCCAACCCCGAUUCAGCGGAGCUUGUGCGCUUGACCGGCGUGGGCCCCAGAACGGUAAGCUCGACCCAAGUGGAGGCCAUGUACAAGUACAGCUCAGACCGGAAGCAAUUCAGCGCCAUCCCCUCAAAGACCUUGGGUAUGAGCGUGGACGCAUUCACCAUCCCUGGAUACCUGUGGCACGCUGGAGGGGCAGCGGCUACGGGUGGGGGAGGAGGAAGCAGCAGACGGGCGAGCUUGGCAAAGGCGCUCGUUUCCAAGUGACCCAUUCUCAAGCUGCCGUUAAUGCUUUAGAAAAUAACAGAAAACUUAUGAAGGUGAUUUUGUACUUUGAAAUAAUGGGCUUUAGCAUGCACUUGAAUGAAGUGGUGCCCUAAAAAUGACUUCCAUGCGUGAAAUGACACAUUAAAUUCCUCUCAAUCAAGAGAGCUGAUCGGCACAUGAUUUGUUCAAUCAGAAAUGGAGUCAUACGAAGGGAACGUGACGGCAAGAUUGACUUACGUCAUGACUUCACAGCAGUCAAGUACGCCCCCUGCCUGCUGAGCCGACAAUUUAUAUCAUAAUUGAUCUAAUAAUGAGAUUGACGUUCCAUUUGCAUGUUCAUAAAUCCGAAUGUCAUUGAAUAAAUAUCUGUAUCUAACCCUAACCCAAAC